UAUUGCCUUCCCAGCUUUCAGGCCACUUUGAUCGAAGCGUUAGCGGCUAAUCAGCUACCAGUUCAACUGAAGGAGGAAGGCAACAAACAGGAAUUGGUGACUCAGCGUGAACUUUUUUCAGCCCGCCACCGGUUCCCUUGGUGUUGUUAGAGAUUUAGGCGGCCUGCACGGUGAACGGAGGGAAUUGGGGUGGAGCCACGUGUACAGGAACUGGAGCCUGACAGUCCGAGAGCUACUGCGGAUCUCCGGAUGAGCCCGUGUUCUAGCCCGACGCUAGCUAACCUGUGAUUACACAGCUGACCUGCGGCGAACCAACUCUUCCGACCAGACUCCCCUUCAGUGAGACGUUUACGGACAGGUCCAAAAACAGCCAUGGCUGUUUGGAGGAAUCUGAGGUCCAGGAACCUUCUGGCUCUCUGCGUCUGCGUCUACGUCCUGCUCCACGCCAUAAACGCGCGCCCGGCCAACAUGUCCGCCUCCAAAGAUAAGGUUCCAGUCAGCAAGGACAAAGACGAAAACGAGAUUCUGCCCCCGGACCACCUGAACGGGCUGAAGAUGGAGCGGGACGGUCACCUGAACAAGGACUUCCAUCAGGAGGUCUUCCUGGGGAAGGACAUGGAAGAGUUUGAUGAAGACUCUGAGCCGAGGAGGAACAGGAAGAAGCUUAUCGAGAUUUUUACAAAAGUCGAUGCCAACAAAGACCGGAGUGUCAGCGCCAAGGAGAUGCAGCACUGGAUCAUGGAGAAGACCAAGGAGCACUUCCAGGAAGCCCAGACGGAGAACAAGAACAGUUUCCGUGCCGUGGAUCCAGACGGUGACGGUCGGGUGACUUGGGACGAGUACCGGGUCAAGUUCCUCGCCAGCAAAGGCUUCAACGAGAAAGAGAUGGCAGAGAAAAUCAAGAAAAACGAAGAUCUGAAACUGGACGAAGAAACUCAGGAGGUGCUGGAGAGCCUGAAGGACCGCUGGUUCCAGGCGGACAACAACCCCACGGAUCAGCUGCUGAACGAGCAGGAGUUCCUGUCCUUCCUGCACCCCGAGCACAGCAGAGGAAUGCUGCAGUACAUGGUCAAGGAGAUCGUACGAGACCUCGACCAGGACGGCGAUAAGAAGCUGACGGUGUCGGAGUUCAUCUCCUUACCGUUCGGCACCGUGGAGAACCAGCACGCUCAGGACGUCGACGACGACUGGGUGAAGGAAAGGAAGAAGGAGUUUGAGGACGUCAUCGACGCCAACCACGACGGCAUAGUCACCAUGGCGGAGCUGGAGGAGUACAUGGACCCGAUGAACGAGCACAACGCUCUGAACGAGGCCAAGCAGAUGAUCGCCGUCGCCGACGAGAACCAGAACAGCCACCUGGAGCUGGAGGAGAUCCUCCGCUACAGCGAGUACUUCACCGGCAGCAAGCUCAUGGACUACGCCCGCAACGUGCACGAGGAGUUCUGAGGCCCCGCCUCCUCCUUCCUCCUAAACGUCUGCUUCAGGGACACAACAUGACAGGGGGAGAGGACGGUUCAGGUGUGCACUCGUCUCUUUGUGAAGCCUCUCUCACUGCUAUCUCCAGAUAUUAGACCGCCCCGAACCAUCACAGCCUGCAUGUGUUUGGACCAAUUAGAGCCUCCCAUUUAUUUAUUUAUACGGUUCGAGCCCCGAUCACGUUGUACAUAAUCAGAUUUAUCGCCGAGUCGUUCACAGAGGAGCCGAGUAAUGUAACCGUCGCCAUGGAGACCACGUCCUGAAAUCACCCCGUCCGUCACAGACCUGCAGAGCCAGGACCUAAACUGUCAUGUACUUGCACUAAAGAUCACAUGGAGACAAAAUAAUGUUCAUGUAAAUAUUUUUGAUCAUCUGGAGGAAAGAAGGCGGCAGAUAUUUUUAACUCUUUCAAGCCUGGAGUCACGUUCUCCAUCAGCCUCCCACCUGGAUGAACAUCCAAAUAUUUAUUAACUGUAUAGUUCUCCUGCAGUGACUCCUCCCCCCCUGUGCUCCUCAAACCUGCAGACAGGCCUGCACUUCCUGUGGAGUUUUUGUUUCUUUUUUGGGGGGAUCCUGCUUCCAGCUCUACCGGCUCGGUCUAAUUGUAAAAUAAGAUUUGUUACUGAAUGUGACAGCUUUAUAAAAAUGUCCUCAAAUUAUAUUAAAAUAUCAAACUAAA